CGAUGAACAUCAAAUUGAUAGGUCAUGAUGGAUUACAAAGUUUGGUGUUUUCGCUUAAGUUGGAUUAUGUUACUUUGACUUAUAAAGAAAAAUAUAUACAAUUCUGUAAAUUAUGUAAUAUAAAAUUAGAAAAUAUAAAUGACGUUUUAUUUUUAAUAGUAAAGUUAAAUAAUUAAAAAAUAAAUAAUAAAUGUUUAUAAAUAGUUAUUCUUUAACAUAAGGAAUCUUAAAUACAUAUAAUCUGUCAUCCAAUGCAUCAAAAGAUUUACAAAGUGUAAUUAACAAUCCAAUAGAUUAGAGCAUUAUGUCCUUUCUACGAGGCUCUGCAAAUUAUGUUUGGUGCACAACCAGUGUAUUAGGCAAAGGUGCAACUGGUGCAGUGUUUCAAGGAGUUAACAAAAACAAUGGAGAGCCUGUUGCAGUAAAAACUUUUAAUCAACUAAGUCAUAUGCGUCCACACGAUGUACAGAUGAGAGAAUUUGAAGUAUUAAAGAAAGUUAAACAUGAAAAUAUUGUCAAACUGUUAGCCAUAGAAGAAGAGCAAGAUGGACGAGGAAAAGUAAUUGUAAUGGAACUUUGUACAGGAGGCAGCCUUUUUAAUAUUUUAGAUGAUCCAGAAAAUACUUAUGGUCUUGCUGAAAAUGAGUUUCUAUUAGUUUUAGAACAUUUAUCUGCUGGAAUGAAACAUUUACGCGAUAAUAAUUUAGUACAUCGUGAUUUAAAACCAGGUAAUAUUAUGAAAUUUAUUGCUGACGAUGGUAGUACAAUUUAUAAACUUACUGAUUUUGGAGCUGCACGAGAAUUACAAGAAGAUCAACAAUUUGUUUCUCUUUAUGGUACUGAGGAAUACUUACAUCCAGAUAUGUAUGAAAGAGCAGUUUUACGAAAACCUGUUGGCAAAACUUUUGGAGCAACAGUUGACCUUUGGUCCAUAGGAGUAACUCUGUAUCAUGUAGCUACAGGAAAUCUACCAUUUAGACCAUUUGGUGGACGUAGAAAUAAAGAGACAAUGUUUUAUAUAACAACAAAAAAAGCUUCUGGAGUUAUAUCUGGUAUGCAAACUUCAGAAAAUGGUCCUAUAGAAUGGAGUAGAGAUCUACCACAAAAUUGUCAAUUAAGUGAUGGUUUAAAGAAAAUAGUAACUCCUCUGUUAGCUGGCUUAUUGGAAGUUGAUCCACAAAGAAUAUGGAGUUUUGAUAGAUUUUUCACAGAAGUUACAGAUACUCUAUGUAGAAAACCCAUUCAUAUAUUUAAUGUACAUAGAGCUAGCUUAAUAAAAGUAUUUUUACACCCUGAAGAAAAAUUUGUAGCACUUCAGGCUUACAUCCAAGAUCAAACAGAAAUUCCACCACAUGCUCAAAUACUUUUAUUUGGGGAAAUGCCCCUUACUAAUCUUGUUGAGGAAUAUACACCUGGAAAAGGUUAUCCAAACAUGGAUGCUGAUAAACCUGUUAUGUUAUUUUCUAAAGAAAACAAUAAUGUUAUUUUACCAAUAGAAAGUGAAUUACCUAAAUUUCCAGUGUUUGCAAAUCUGGUUUCUGUAGAAAAUGAUGCUAGUCAAGCAAAAGUAGCAUGUUCAGUUGGACAUGUUUGUAAACGCAGAAUUGAUAAAUUAUCAUUAUGCAGUAAAUUAAUGCAAAAUGCAAUAGAAGCUUUCAGUGGACUUUUAGCUACUGAACUUACGAAAGUAUUAGGCAAGUGUCAACAUUUGAAAGAGUUUACGAAAGCAACAGAAGUUACUUCAAUAGCCAUAGAAAGAAGUGAAAACUUCACAAGACAAGUACUUAAAAAAUAUGCUAAUCAAAUUAGUUUUGAGCCUAAGAAUUGGAAAAAGGAAUUAGAUUUAAAAAGUAAAGAAUUAUUAACUGAACUAGUACCUGCAGUUGCACAACUUCACCAAAGGUAUAUACAAGGAGGUAGUUUACGUGGAGAAUGGGAAAACAGUACACGUGGGCUAUGGUGUCCAUGGAGUGCAAAAGCAAGUCAGCGUGCUGCUACUUUGGUUGAUCGUUUAAGGGAUGGAUGGCAACAUUUACUAAGAGAUAGAGCUACACGUAGUCUUACUUACAAUGAUGAACAAUUUCACGUUUUAGAACGUAUAAAGGUAAUGGAAACAGGUCGUAGAAUAAAAUUACUUCUUGAAACAGAAUGUAUACCAGCAAUGACUCAACGAUCUGAAUGUGUUGCUGAUUGGUAUAAAAUGGCACAGACUGUAUUUCUGCAAGCUCAAAUUUUAGAUAAAGAUGUAGGUAAUUAUGAACUUACCUUGGAGUCUUACUCUUAUAGGCUUUCUCAAGAAAGCAAAGAAAGACAUGAUAGUCUUUUACAUUUGUUGGAUGAACUUCCUGGGAUAUGUAAAACAAAUGAAAAAGCAAAUACACCUGCUGAAGAAAGUACAAAAAAAUGGAAAAAAAUUUGUGAUAUGCAAGAACAAAUAACCGUAAUUCUCUAUGAUAAUGGACGUUUAAUAGAUCAACUUGAUCAUUUAUCGACGAUGGAUACAUUAGAUGAUGCAGAAGACUCUGAAUAUGAACUUUAAAAUUAUAUUAAUUUAGAAACUACGUACAAUAAUUUUUACCUCUAAACUUUUUUGUGAUUAUUUCAUAAAAAUUAAUGUUAAGAUUAUUUCUUAAAUUGUAAAUUAUUUCUUUUAUACAAU